AUGGCACCAGUUUCCACGGCUGAAGUGGCUCCAGUUCUUACCAUCACCACCCCUGGCCCUGGCAACCCAGAGGCUGUCCCCCAAAGGGCACGUAGCCUCUCUGGGGAACGGAGGACAGUGGGGAGGGCACUCACGGGAACCUGCUGCCUAAAAUGUGCUGCUGUGAGUCCAAGAAACGGACAUGAAACCCUCGGGAAGAAGGCAUGUAAUAUUUUUGUUGAAUCUAAUCUUGAUUUCCUUAAAGGUAAUAGAGCUGCUUUGAGGGACCCAGAAAAGUCAUGUUGUCGUCGUGCCCAAGUCUCCCGCCUCAUCUCUUUCAGUGCAAGCCACCAGCUCCACAGCAAAUCUCUCAGUAAUGAAGAAAAUUUGAAACCAUUUGGGAAAUGCAGCAAUCCAAAUGGCCAUAGACACAAUUACAAAGUUGUGGUGACAGUGCAUGGAGAGAUUGAUCCUGUUACAGGGAUGGUUAUGAACUUGACUGACCUCGAAGAGUAUAUGGAGCAGGCAAUUAUGAAGCCCCUUGACCACAAGAAUCUGGACCUGGAUGUGUCAUACUUCCCUGAUGUGGUGAGCAGGACAGAAGAUGUGGCUGUUUAUAUCUGGGAAAACCUUCAGAAAUUUCUUCCUGUGGGAGUUCUUCAUAAAGUAAAAGUGUAUGAAACUGACAAUAAUAUUGUAGUCUAUAAAGGAGAAUAG